AAGUGCGGUUAUGCAACUUUGAUCCCUGGCAAUGCGAGGUGAGCCAAAUGGAACCUAGUUAGCUAGUUCCCGGGGCGGGAUCGAUGCGACGGGGUGUAUCUGGUUUUUUCGGACACUAUACCAACGGGAGGGGUGAACGAACCGUGUUAUGUAAGCCGGUCGAUAGCGGCGGGCAUGCGCAACCCCUAGCCCGGCCACCCUCAAUACAGCUCGCGCGCGCUACCCCUUCGGACGUGCCGUGUUUUAUUUUACCGCGUUUUUCGUUUCCCUUUCGUUCUUUCCGUUUAUGAUUUAACGCCACCAUGUCUAAAGGCGACGGUGAACAACAGAACGGCUCCGGUGAGGAGUCCAAGACCAACCUGAUCAUCAACUACCUGCCCCAAAGCAUGACGCAGGAGGAGAUCCGCAGCCUCUUCUCCAGCAUCGGGGAAGUGGAGUCGUGUAAGCUGAUUCGCAACAAAGGCGCCGCCUUCCCGGAUGCACUCAAUCAUGCUCUUCACGGCGGCGGACAGAGCCUCGGCUACGCCUUCGUCAACUACCACCGCGCUGAAGACGCAGAGAAGGCAAUUUCCACUCUGAACGGGCUCCGGCUUCAGAACAAAACCAUCAAAGUCUCAUAUGCGAGACCCAGCAGUGAAGCCAUUAAAGGUGCAAAUCUAUACGUGUCAGGAUUGCCAAAAACGAUGACACAAACCGAGCUCGAGAGGCUCUUCAGCCCUUUCGGGCGUAUAAUCACCUCCAGAAUCCUGUGUGAGAACUCUGGCGGCAGACCGUUCACCGGUGGCGAACAAGGGUUGUCUAAAGGAGUUGGAUUCAUUCGGUUCGACCAACGCGUGGAAGCGGAGCGGGCGAUUCAAGAGUUAAACGGGACAGUGCCGAAAGGAGCUUCGGAGCCGAUCACAGUGAAGUUCGCGAACAAUCCGAGCAACAACGGGAAGGCCCUGGCUCCGCUGGCGGCGUACCUGCCGGCGGCGCUGCGAUUCCCCGCCCCGCUGGGCAGAUUCAGUUCAGGCAAGUCCCUCCUAGCUAUCAAUAAGGGCCUGCAGCGCUACAGCCCGCUGGCCGGCGAACUGUUGGGUGGCGUGCUGCCCGGUGCUGUCGGCUCGGAAUGGUGCAUUUUUGUUUACAACCUCGCGCCCGAGACAGAGGAGAACGUCCUGUGGCAACUCUUCGGGCCAUUCGGCGCCGUCCAAAGCGUAAAGGUGAUACGCGACCUCCAGACCAACAAGUGCAAAGGGUACGGCUUCAUAACGAUGACCAACUACGACGAGGCAGUCGUGGCCAUCCAGUCACUGAACGGCUACACCCUUGGCAACCGAGUGCUGCAGGUCAGCUUCAAGACUAACAAGAUAAAGACCAUUUAAGUGGAUCGUCCCGGACUCGGCCUAGCUGGACGCUAGGACGGCACAGCAGGCGCGCACCCAUACAUAUUCACACUUACAAUACACCCGCGGCUCGUGCGGCCGCCGGAUCGCAACCAAAAAUGUUCGUACGCUUUUGGCUGCGCUUCUCAAGGACCUGACAUGAUAGACUGUGUCUUCCCGACAUUAGAGGGCUCGCCGGCCGCUAGUGGCGCGGCGAGCGAGUUUUGUACAUUAAAGUUUUACUAGCGAAUGUUUUUGACUCGCUCUUUUGUGCGGGCCUUUGUUCGGCGUCGGCCCUUUCCUCGACAUAUACAUAACGUAUAGCGCACUCGAAUUGGGUUAAGUGUUUCAGGAAAUCAAAAUGGCGGAAUUUAACACCCGGGCGGAAUGGUUGUGCGCAUGUUCGGAUAAAAUGGCCGCCGCUGAAUGAACGGCGACCGUGAGCAAGCAAUAAUAAAUUUAGAUCGACGGCAUGUAAUGCUAUCUCUGGCCAGACUUUGAACCAUACAUAUUGGUAAUAGUCAAUAACAAAAUAAUGAUAUUAAACUUCGCUUAUGAACGGUUGUGGUUAUCGAGAAAUAGUUUAAAUAAUAAUUAGCAAUAAUAGCCUAAUGCUAUGCUCCAAUUUUAUAUGCGAUCAUAUCGUAAGUACCGUAAGGUUUAAACUCGCGGUUAGGCCGGCACUGGAAGCUGAUCAAUAUUGCCAAACGUAUCGGAUCGUCUCUGUCGCUCACAUGUACCUUUUUACUAUACAUAAUGUACACUCAAGUAGCACCUAUCUCGCCGACAUGCAUCGAAACGCGAAGUCGGACCGGCCACCGGCCACCCGCCACCCACCGCUCUCGAUCUCAACGAGAUUUCGAGUAGGGCCGUCACAGAAGGCACUUAAUCGAAGUAAAAUAGUGUUAUAUUGUUAAAGAUUGGAAAAAUAUAUAUUAUCUAUACUUAUAUUUUAAUCAUAUAUUAAUCUAAUUAAGGAUGAAAACUAAUCAAAAACUGUGAUAGGUUUUGAUAAAAUUUUAAAAAA